UAAUUUAUUUAUAUUUUUAUUGUGUCAAUGUGUCGUCGUUCUUUUCCUUCCUGGACUUUUCUCAUUAUCAUCACGCCUUCAAUUCUAGAUUUUCCAUUUUUUUACAAGUAGAAAUAGGCUUAGAAUAUACGAAUGCACAGUCCUUCAGUGUGUUCUCUGAGGCAUGAAAAAAUCGUCAUUCUAUGUGUCCUCAGUGAAGUGUUAUUCCAGCUCUCCAUUCCUCUGUUCUAGUCAAAGGCCAAUAUUAGUUAAGUUAUACCACUUCUCCAGAAAAUAUGAUCACGUUGACUAGACGUUUAAGGAGAGAUGCCGGGGUUGAUUCCAAUGAUGGCACGAUCGAUCGCAGUACCAACCGCAUCUCAAUACGCGAUAAACUCUUGGUCAAAGAGGUGCAAGAAAUGGAGCAGAUGCUCCCGUCAACGUGUAGAGUCAAGUUUGAGAAUCCUAACCAUCUGCACGAAUUCAAGCUAACCAUCAGCCCCGACGAGGGUUUCUGGCAAGGGGGCCAUUUCAUUUUUCAUGUGUAUAUUUCAGAAGCAUACAACAUGGAGCCUCCAACAGUUAAGUGUUUGACAAAAGUAUGGCACCCUAAUAUUAGCGAAGAAGGCUCGAUUUGUCUUAGUAUCCUCAGGCAAAAUUCAAUUGACGGAAUGGGCUGGGCACCCACAAGAAAAUUAAAAGAUGUUGUCUGGGGACUUAACCUCCUAUUUACAGAGCUCUUAAAUUUUGAAGACCCAUUGAAUAUAGAAGCAGCUGAACUGUAUCAAAAAGAUAGGGAAGCGUUCAAGAACAAAGUCAAGGAAUACAUGCGGUUUAUGCGCUGAAGUGGAGCUUCAAAAACCUUUUUAUCAUCAUGACUGCCUUAGUUAGUGUUUCACACACAUCCUGCAAAUAGAACUGAAUAUGUAAGCACUGUGAUUACUUUAUUUAACUUGGGCUCAAUUAAAUUAGUCACUUACCAGAAAGUUUUGACUUAAAUUUGAAAGAGAGUAUUAAAUCUCCAGUCAAUUCAAAUCUAGGAAGUCUUUUGGAAGAAGGCGCAUUGCAAAGCUCUAAUAAUUGCUUUCCAUUUGUUUGUACAUGGCUGUUAAUAAGUAAAAUGUUUUCAUUUGAAGUACAAAGUAUAGUUACUCAAAAGCAAAUAUUUUUUACCUAUAUUUCCAGCCGUAGAAAUUUUCCAUAAAUUUUUUUCAAAACUGUAAAUUUAGACUGUAUGUAUGCCCUUCUUCCGGAGAUCUCCCACUUUUUGCUCGAAAAUUUGAAGCCCUCUUUUUUUUACAGAUCUCUAGUUUUAAAUUUUCCCAGGAUUAUCUACAGAGAAUAAUCUUAAUUUAUCUUAAAAGUAACAUUGUUCAUGGUACAUUUUUAACUGAUGAGUGAGCUCAUUUUAAUGCAGAAUGAUUCUUAACCAAAACGAGCGUGAUUUAAAGGGAAGAAUGGAGGGGGAAACAUGAAUUUGCCAUGUAUUUUAUGUUUAAGACUAGAAUUUUUUUUUCUAUUGUUCAGCCUAUCUUUUCUAAAUAAGUUUUCAUUACUUAUAGAACAAAGAUUUUACCAAGUCAUAAGUAUCUACAAACGGGAAAACAGUAAACUUUCAGGUUUGUUUUAAUACCUGCGGUAGAAAUUGGUUAUUUUCCCCUGUAAAUUGAUGAUUUUCAAAGACACAUAAAUUUCUUUCCACAAGCCAGCAGAUACCUUGGCAUCUGUAGAGCUCCUGAUGUAUAAAACUAUUUGAAUCAGUUGUUUUCAACACGGAACAAGUCCAUUUUUACAUGAACCUUGGCUUGCAUAAAAGGACAUGCCAAUGAGGACUCAUCAAAGAAUGUUCCCUUUUGAGAACAACUGAUUCAUUUACGCAUGUAGAUUCUUAUUUCUUUCUUUCAAAACAGAUUUUUUAAUCGGAAAGAAAUUUUGUAUAUCUGUUUGUGAUCCCCGUUUCUUCUUCACACACGCUGAAACUUGUCAAAUCCAUUCUUAAAAAUGACAAACUGUGGCCACUCCUAGCAUUGUCUAAUUUUAGUAUCCUUUUUAAAAUUAAAUGGAAUGUCUGAGGCUCCUUUCAUACUUUUUGAAAGGUCGUCUUAUUGAAUUCAAGUCCAUUGAAAGGUUCAACCGAUAGUGUGAUCAUUAAAAUGGGUAUUGAGCAUUUGUGUAGCCUAAGGUUAUAAAUAUAUAAAAUUUGAAAAUUAAAGCAACCCUCUAUCCGUCCAUCCCAUUUGAUUGUGCUAUUACUCGCCGUGAAAAGGCCCUCAAUUGUCAAAGAAUGUGCUAGCAACCAUACUUGGAAAAAAUUUUAAUCAUUGACUGUUGUUUCCUAACUAGUUUUCAUGCUAUACCUACAAGUAUCCUGAGAGAUUAUUUGCAAAUUAAGUAUCCUUGUAUAAAGAGCUCCUCUGCGGUUCUUUAUCAGUUGAACACUUUUUUUUCUUUUUUUCGGCAUGUCAUUUAUUUAAUGUCCAAACUUAUCAGCUCACCAAUGAGUUCCAUUAUAAAGUGCAUAUCCAUCCAUUCUCCAAACCUUUUUUAGACUUGUUGUUGUUAAAUUGCUGAGCAAUGAUAGGUUCUCACAUUAAUGGAGAUUUCCAUCAAUUUUUCUCUUCGUAAAUGGUAGAUCUGGUUGACGGACUGAAUCUUUUCAAAGGUCUUCUAGGUUAAUGAAUGUUUUUAAAGCAGAUAAACUUGAUUUAACUUCAAUAGAUGUUAUCGAUUUUCUUGAAUUUUGACUCAAUUUGUAUCAUAAUCAAUGAAUUUCCUUCAAAAUUCCUGUCAAAUUGCUUCAGUAUUCUUCAAAAUAUGUAAAACUUUCAAAUUUUGUGAAAAGUGAUUCAAUUUUCAUCAAAUUUCUUCAAACUAUAUCAGUGCUUAUGCUGUGCCAAAAACAUGUUUUCAUCUUUAAUAAGCAGAGAUUAGUGUAUGUUCUGCUUCAAACUGGGGACGGAACUCAGGAUUUUCAAAAUGGGAGAACUUGAUAAAGUUCAAUUUGCUUUCCAACAAGAGUCUCCAAGAGAACAAAUCUUGAAAAUCAUUCAAACUCUUCUGAUCAAUUAAAUUAACUCUGUUUUAAGUGAUUCAUAAUUUGUGAAUUUCUUCCUAUUUUGUUAUAAAGACUAUUUUUAAGUUAUUUUUAAUGUCAUUAGCUAUAUUUAAGAUGAAAUAAGAAUGCUUUCAAAGCAUCAGCAGACCUAUGAUUUUAACCAAUUAUGCUCCAAAUCACAGAGUUGAUGUAUUUAGGAUUCAAGGAAAAUCAGUUUUUGAUGCCCCUCCCCCCAAAUGACACUCUAUCCAAAGGCAAUCUCUAAUCUUACACGAUUAUUUCCAAUAAUAAUUGGUUUUGAAGGACCAAUCGAAAAUCCCCUUUUUAAAAUUUUGGCAUUUUUGUGAAUUGGAAAUUAAUUGGUUUAUUUGACUCUGCUGUAUAAAUUGUGUCUGUGAUAUCUAAUUAAACAGUGUGUCCAUGGUCAGUCACAAUGGCUACUUCUCAAGGGCUGCCCCUUAAAUUCUAGGUACAAAGUAAAUUUUGCAGUUUUGCAGGUUUUAAAAUUAUUUACUAAGCCUGUUCCUUCUCUGGAAAGGGUUUGUUGCAGUCUUGCAGCGAAACAAUCAAAUCAAGAGACAAGAUGAAAUAAAUUGCCGUUUCAAACAAUUAGCUUUUAUUGUAAAUUUUGGAAGAAUUAAUUUUUGCACCAAGCAGGAAGUUUUUUAAUCCGAAUUUUUAAUCAAUAAAGGAGAGUCUUCUUGCAUUACUUACCAUCAUUCUUCAUGAACUACUUUUUAUUGAAAAGUUUUCACGAUCGCUGACAUACACUGCUGAUUCUGGAAAAGGGGAGACCAUGUUGGUAGUAAAAAAAAACCUGUCUCUUUAAAAAUGGAAGAGGAAAAAAAGAAAGAAGAAUUGUAAAUAGCUUUUGCAGCAGCAAAUACUAUUUGAAUGGGCUGCUAGAUAAGGUAUGAAUCAGAACACCAUGCAAAAUUUCAGGAGAAAACCAAAUUGCAUAUCAAGAAGUCAGACACAAUCGACAUUGGUUAUAUGGUAAAAAUACAAAUGAAGUAAUUUGCGUAAUUCAACUGUCAUUUGAUCUGUGUUUAUAAUGCCUGUGAAUAUCUUGUUCGAGAAUUGAUAAUCAGACUUCCCAUCAUGUGAAUUUUUUUUUUUUUUUUUUUUGUAAAAUUUUAAAGAGGGAAUAUGUGUCAUUUUUCAGACUUUGCCUAGUGGACCAUUAAUCGUGGUAAUCAGAGUAAAUGAGAUGUCUUGCCAAUCUUUAAAAAUUCUAUAAGACUUUAAGAAAAUUUCGGAUAUUAUUUUCGAGUUUAAUAAUGUAUGUCAUUUUGUUCUCUCCAUGGUUUGCACCAGUUCAUUUUCCAAGUAUCUGUAUGAGAUUCGUUGUAUUUUACUAAUAAUUUCAAUGCAAUUGUGCAAAGAAAUUUGGUCUAGCAAAAUAAGUAAGACAUUUAUGUUUCUUGUAUCUUAAUUUAAGAUUUUAAAUUAAUCAUUUAAUGGCUAUGAAUGUUCGAAGUAAGGGCUGUUAAGAGCUGAUGUCAGUUCAAGGGCAGAUAUGAUCAAACAAACAAAGCGUAUUGAUGGCCGAAUUGCGAAACCUUGUAUCUCUGUCUGCGACAUAACAGACUUCUUUUCAUGCUUAAGUUUUUUUCGGGGGGAAACUAGUGAAGGUAAUUUAUUGAAAACCUCCUUAAUUUUUUUCACGGUUAGCAGAAUAUUUUGUGUAAAUUUUAAGCUAUGAAAAUGACUUGUUUCUCUUUUUAAAAAUAAAAUAGGAGCAGAAAUUCUGAAACAUUGCAGUGGAGAUGCGAGGUCUUGCACUUUGGUUAUUGAUAACCCUCAUCUCCAGUGGAGAGACUCUGUAUUGGAUAUUCUGUAAAUUUUUUUCAGAGCGGAAAGGAAAGUUAUUUUUUAUGGAAAAUGGCUUAAAAGUCACGAUGAACACACCAAUCUGUGUGCAAGAUUUUUGCGUACUUUUGAGGGGAAAAUGUUUCUGAAAACUCUCUACAGAGAAAAAAAUGUACUCACCCAACAACUCAGAUAUGAUUUGAUCAGUUUUUUUACCAAGCCUAAAGAGAGAUUAGUAUUUUCACAACAUGUUGGUGUUUGCUAUCAAAAUACUUUAAAAUGUCAACUUGAUUCUGCCUUAGCCGGCAAUGUUCCCCAGGAGGAGGAAAAUUUUAGCUUGCUCUUACAAAUGAGUAGAAACGUUAAGCUGCGCUUGAUUUGUUGGUUUGUAGCUUUCUUAUAGAAAGUUGGUCUCCAGAAUGCUCUCACAACUGGACUCUCUUUACCAUGGCGACAUGUUUUUAGAAUUAGAUAAUUGUAAGUAGGUACUCAGUAUGAAUGUGUUAAUUUUGUAACGAAUUCUUCAAAGAAUGUAUCCAUGGAAAUUUCUUGUGUAUCUAUUUUCGUAAAAAAGUCAUUAUAUUACAGCUCUAAUAUAAUGUAAUGUUGUAUGCACUAUGUGAAAUAUCGUGUGAAGUACCAGGAGAAAUUUCCAGAAAAUUCUUUGAAUCCGAGGAAAAGAUAAAUAUUUGCUACACCAGAUAAUGAAGAAAAUGUUAGCAUCUAAUGCAUGUCAAAGUUCCUUUUAAUUACGAUUCAAUGUGUCAUUAUAUAACUUGUGGUAGGAAGUACAGCUUAUAAGAAUCUAGUGGCUGUGAAUUGCCCAGCAUGGACUCAUUUUUAAACUUAGUCCUCCGAAGGAUUUGACCUUCAUAUUUCACUCAGUACAAAUUCGUAUAAAAGGGGUUUUGGAGCAGGUCCCAGUAAGUAGACGCCACAGAGGGCGUUCAGAUGAAAGAUGGACAGGUGACAUCUUAAAAGAGAGAAAGAGACACCAGUUCCUGGAAAAUCUCCACACUGACAGAUUCCAUUGGCUGUUAGGUGUUGCAGAGUACCCUAGUCUGCUUUAAAAGCGACAACUGCAUACAUACAAAUUCCUCAUCAAUCGCUCUUAUUCAAAUUUGGUCAGUUAAUUACCUUGCUGAUCAUUUUACUUUGGAUACCUUGCAAUACCCUCUUCUCAAUCCAACUGGUUCCUAUUACAACAUGACCCAAUUGAUUUCUUUCAAAAUGCAUUGUUCAACAUAUUAUUCAAGCAUCUCUUGCAAGGGCAAAAUAUCUAUACAAAUUCCAGUGAUUCGUUAUUGUAAUAAUUUCUCCAAAAAAUUAUAAAAAUUAUGUAGACGCUUUAUUUUUGCAUAGUACGCUUUACAGAAUUAUACCAGUACCAUAGAGGCAAAAGGCACCUAACUGCAUUUUCGUCAUUUCCAGAUAUUAGGGAAAAAUCGUGCAUUGGCCCUGUUGAUUCCAAUGUAAAUCGCAACUUUUGAAAUUUGUAUCUGAUAACUGGUGUAAGAUAGGGCUAUCAUUGCUACCAAAUUUUCCUAACCAAUCGAACCGUUGUUAGAAAUUUCCAAAACGCCACUUUUCCAACAAUAUGAGUUAGGUACCUUACAACUCUGUGGAGGUGAUAUGUUCCGAGCAAGUUUUAAAAGGACCUAUACAAUGGACGAUUUCAAAUUUAGCUUAAGCAUACAAUUAAUAAGUGAGCUCCUUCACCUUAAAAUUGAACUUGUCAUUUUUCGAAUUUAAUGAUGGCCACUUUUACAACUUGCAAAACUCAAGAAAAAAAGUAUUUUUUAAACAGCAAACACUUCUCACGAUUGAGAGAUGUAAUUUUGUUUGCUUUUAUAUAAUUAGUGAAAAUAGCAUUUGAGCUCAUUGGAAAAUAAUCAGUUCAAUCCUCUUCUAGUCGAUUAGUUAAUAGUAUGAAAGCAUUGAAUUUAAAAAUAAGAAACUCAGAUAUUUACAAACUCAAUGCAGAUUUCUACUGAAAAUAAAUUCUGAUGCAAGAAGAUGAUUAAUUUUAGCAUCAAUAGGAGAUCAAGUCAAUGCAAUGAGCAAUGAUUCCAAACCAAAUUUCUAUAAUAUCUCGAUCAGCAAUGGCAAGUUUGAUUUCAGUUGUUAUUUUUUCCUGUGUGAAAUUUGUUUGGUAUCGUUUCUAAAUUUGACAAGCGUUGCCUCUCCAUCGGAAUUUUUGCUGUCCCAGAUUGCUCCACAAAAUAAUUCUAAAAAUUGUGUGGCAAAAAUUUGAGGGUAAUUAUUAUAAAGUCAUGAUACUCACAGCCAGAUUAAAUCCAUCUCUGCUUGGACACAUUUUUGUAAUUUCCAAGUGGUUUCUCUAUUUUUCCUUUUUUAAAUUUUUUCUAUUUAUAAUGCUGUCUAUGUCCACUGUUAAGUAUUAUAAACAGAAACCCAAUAAAAAACUAAUUUUUAAAACUUGAAA